ACCUGCCAGCAGCAGUAGCUGCCGCCUCUGCACCCUGCUCGUGCAGGACAGAGCCGUGUCUCCUCUAGCUUCGGUUGAGGAUGCGUAGAAGUCAAAACGGUUAAGAAAAGUUUCGAUUUAUUCCCAUUUUUUGUAAUCCAUUCUCGUCGAGGACUAGGACUCGCUCUUGCCGACUGAACGGUAGUCGACUACCAGUGACGUGCUGCGGUUAACGUAAGCAGGAACUUUCCAAAACAUAAAGUCACGUUAGCUAAAUGUGCUGUUAACACCUUUAGUGUGAUAUUUUUUUUGAACAGCUGUCUUACAAGCGUCCCACAGUUAUAUCUCUUUUAUAUAUCUUGUGUUUGCUGUGGCUUGAGCCGACUUCCAUAAAGGACUACAGCACUGGGAUGAUUUUAAUGAAGUGAGACACUGCUGUCAAGGGAGAUCUACAAGAAAGCUGAUCUACAUAUGCGGGUUUGGACAAUUGAAGUUGCAACUUGGGAUCUUCUCACCUUCAUUCGAAACCCUAAACGGCAUUGAACUUUAAAAUGGAUGGAAUAGACACCUUGCAGAGCUUGGCCCCAGAGACCAAGGCUGAGCGAAUUGCUCGGUACAAGGCAGAAAGGAGGAGGGAGCUCGCUGAGCGCUAUGGCAACACAGACGAAUUCACCUCCAAAUAUGUCCGAAGGGACAAGAAAAUUGGUGACACAGCCGAAACGGUGUCUUCAGAUACCAAGGAGAAGGAACAAUGUGAGGAUAAUGGAUCAGAGCAAACGUAUACCAGGAGGGGCGUCAGGAAUAAAGCAGCAGAACCUGUGGAGCCCAAUGAUGAUGAGCAAACCCAGGAAAAAGACGGUACCACUCACCUCAAAACAGACCCAAUUUUAUCAUCUAAAUCAGAAGCUGUAUCCGCCAUGAAGACGUCCUCUCAUUUGAGGCUGCUGGAAACCGAUGACACAGAGGAGCCAAAGGUUGACGAGAAGCAUGUGAACUCAUCCAUGAGGACUUCCAGCAUGUCUCGUUUUAAGGAGCUGGAGGGGUCGGAGGAUGGCAGCAGCCAACGUGCCAACGACAGGGUAAAGUGUCCUCUAAUGAGCAGUAAAACAGAGGAAUCCUCUACCAGCCUUUCCAAAACCGAUAUAAGCAAGUUAAUGGAUGAUCACGAGGCCACGGAUGAAACUUCACGGAAGGAGCAGCAGGAAUAUUCUUCCCCGGGCAAAGAAACGCCUUCCAGACUCCGCUCUGACGGAGCUCUCCCCCUCAGCAAGAACAGAAAUGCCUCUCCCCCUCCCUCUCCUCCCUGCCAGCUUGCCUCGCUGCAGCGCCAGGACUCUGGGCCUCGGGGCAUCAAGGGAAUCCUAAAGAAAAGCCGCUCCACCAGCGUGGAGUCGGACCACAGUGAGGGCUCGACGCCAGACUGUGCGCCAGCCCGACAAAGCAGUGUUACCCUUAGUCACCCUGAGAGCGAGGAGGAGAUGGAGGAGGAGAUGGAGGAGGAGAUAGAGGAAGAGGUCAAUGGGGAAAAUGACAGAGAGGAUGAGUCAUUAACUGAUGAUCUCACAGACGGAGGGAGCUUCAGCAUGGACGGACAACAGAGGGAGGGAAGCAGCAGCAGCAGUAGUAGAACGAGCUUUGAGGAGAGACGGAGUCCCUCGCCUGACGAGAGCCUGGAGAAGACGUCCACAGUGUCGGAGGAUGUUGAGGAACUGGACAGCAGUUUGGAUGGAAGCCAGGGCUCUUCACUCAAACAGAGACUGGCAGAGUUCACUAGUGAAGGUGAGCAGAAGGAUAGACUGAAGAAGCCCAUACCAUCCAGUCUAAUCCAGACAUCACUGGCGGAUCGCUUCGGUCAGCUCCAAGAUGCUGAAAAUGCUUGGAUGAAAAAGAAAUCCAAUGUAGAUUUGGGGCCCAAGAUGUCGCUGGCAGACAGGAUGAAGAUCCUUAAAGACAAGGAGGAGCAGUGGAAGAACAAAGGCAAAGGAGCAGCCAAUGACUCGGUCCAGUUCACUGUGGCUGGACGCAUGGCCAAGAGAGGUCUUGUGACAGAUACCGGUAAGGAAGAGUCACCUCUUAGUUCCAUCAAGAGAUCUAAUGCCACGCCUGUGAAGCCACAACAAGAAAUCUCCAGUAGAGCCGAUGUCAAGGUGGAAGGCGAUAAAAGGCUCGACAAGCUAGAGUCUUUCCUCGACAAGCUCCACAAUAAAGGCGUGAGUAAGAGCAAGACAUCCACCGUCGAGGUGACAGCAGAGAUGGAGAAAGAAGUGAUGACCCUGGAUGAUGACGAGACGUUCGGCAACUUCUACAAAUCUGUCUCACCGUCCACACUCCUUGACUCCAGUGUGGUUAUGACAGAGGAGGACCUCAGCCAGAUCCAGGCCGAUACACCAAAGCUCACCUCAGCUGUAGCAGAACACAAGCGAGCAGUGCGACCAACGAGAAGGAACCAGGGCUCCAGGAACCCUCUGCGGGCUCUGGCUGCCCGCAACGACAUCCGCCAGGUCUACACCGAGCAGAGGCUUAAUGUAGCCUCGCUGGAGACCAAGAGGAUCCAAGUGGAGAGGAUGGCAAAACACUCCAAAACAAACCUGGCUGAUGUGGCAUUGGCAGGCCUCGCCAGCAAGGAGAACUUCCGCAAGAUCAGCCUGCGCAGUGUGAAAUCCACCGAUGUUGUGACCAACAACAGUACGCUGCCUUUCAACAAGCUCAUGCUUGUGCGCGUCAAAGGUCGGAGACACAUCCAGGUACGCCUUGUGGAGCCCACAGCCCACUCUCUCAACAGUGGCGACUGCUUCCUUCUCAUAACACCAAAGCACUGCUAUAUGUGGAGUGGAGAGUUUGCCAAUGUCAUUGAGAAAGCUAAGGCGUCGGAGAUGGCAGCGUUUGUUCAGGCUAAGAGGGACCUCGGGUGUAAGGCCUCCCAGGUGACAGUGCUGGAGGAGGGUAUCAACACUGACAGCAGAUGGGCCAAAGAGUUCUGGAGUCUACUGGGAGGACAUACCCAAUACAGAGGUGCAGGGGAGCCAGAGGAGGAUGAGCUGUAUGAGAGUGGGGUGGUAGACUCUAAUGGAGUAUACAGACUUCAGGGAGACAAACUGGUGCCUCAUGAAGAUGCCUGGGCCUCCAUCCCAAGUGUCUCCUUGCUCGACUCUAAAGAGGUCUUAGUGUUUGAUUUUGGCUCCGAAGUGUACGUAUGGCACGGGAAAGAUGUGCCCUUGGGUGACAGAAAAGUUGCCGUGAAACUGGGCAAACAGCUUUACAGUGGCAGCUAUGACUACAGCAGCUGCAGGGUCAACCCUUUAGAUGCUUCCUGCCUGAAUACGGAUGUGCCUAUGCAGGGGGAAGGUCGUCCGAGCUGGACUCUGUUUGGCCGGCUGUCGGAGCACAAUGAGACAUCCCUGUUCAGAGAGAAGUUCCUGGACUGGGCUGAGAGGAAGAAGGAGGAAGGUGCUCAAACUGAGGAAAUCAAGAGCCCAGUCCACUCUAUUGAACGCCCCCCACUGGACUUGGAACUGCAGCCAUGUGACGCCAAGGCCCUGCUGGACAACGAGCCAGAGCCGGUGAAGACCGUUCUGGAGGGGGUCAACGUGCAGCGGGGCCACGGCCUGGUGAGGUCAGAUGAUGGCAGACAGGCGGAGUUGGCCACAAUAGCUGUAGACGCCUGGCACAUCAAAGAGCACGGUGAGGAGGAACUGCCCAAAGAGAGCCUGGGCCAACUGCACGAGGGCGACGCCUACAUCAUUCGUUGGAAGUACUCUAUUACCACACUUGUGGGUAAGCGACAGAAACCCGGGGAGCUGAGCGCCGGUGCUCCUGGAAGAGAGAGGACUGCUUGUUUUUUCUGGCAAGGCCGUCACUCCAGCGUCAGUGAGAAAGGAACCUCGGCUCUAAUGACGGUGGAGCUGGGCAGCCACAGGGGGUCACAAGUGUUGGUGAGUGAGGGAAAAGAGCCGCCGUGCUUCCUCCAGCUCUUCCAGGGAGGUUUGAUCAUCCACAAGGGCAGCAGAGAAGACAGUGCCAAACUCACAGAUGGCUGGAGGUUGUUCUGUGUUCGUGGUGAGGCAGAGGUGGAGGCCUCACUGGUGGAGGUAGAUUGCCAGCAUGCCAGUCUGCGCUCUCGGGCUAGCCUGGUUCUUCUUAGUGCUCAGAAAGGUAUUCUCUACUUGUGGCAUGGCUGUAAAGCUCAUGACAGUGCCAGGCAGGUGGCCAAAAGAGCGGUGGACAAACUAACCGAGAGGUGUCCCUCAGAGUUAGGUCUGAGUAGCACCAGCAGCGUGACAGUUGAGGAGGUGGAGGAAGGAUCUGAACCUGCAGAGUUCAUUAAGGCUUUGGGCCCGCAGGACAAGAAGGCCUACGACUGUAUGCUGCAAGAUCCAGGGAAGUACAAUUACACACCGCGGCUGUUCUGGCUGAGCGCCAGCUCCGGGAUGUUCGAAGGGGAGGAGCAGCUGUGUCCAGCCAGGGUGAUGGAGGGAGUCAUGGCCAUGCCCUUCCUGCAGGAGAACCUCUACUCCGCACAACAGCCAGCCCUGUUCCUGCUGGAUAACCGUAUGGAGGUGUACCUGUGGCAGGGCUGGCAGCCCGAAGACACACAGUGUACCGGCUCUGCAAAGAUGCGCUGGAACAACGAGAGGAAGUGUGCCAUGGAGACCGUGCUGCAGUACUGCAAAGAAAAGAACCCUCGGCGCCCCCCUCUGGCAUAUCUGGUCCUGGCAGGCUGUGAACCUCUCACCUUCACCAACAUCUUCCCGUACUGGGAGAACAACACCAGUAUCACGUCAAAGACUGAGAACUCCAAGAACAAGGUGAUGCUAGUAAAGGAGGCGCUGUCUCAGCUCAGUAAGCAGCAGUACUCCAUCGAGGAGCUGACCAGCAAACCCCUACCAGAGGGAGUGGACCCUCUACGCCUGGAGGAUUACCUGUCUGACCAGGACUUCAAGACACUUCUUGAGGUGAGCCGAGUUGAGUUCAACGCUCUGCCAAACUGGAAGCAAAAGAAUCUGAAGAAAAGCAAAGGCCUGUUUUAAAACAUAUCUUUUUGUACACAAUUUUGUGCCCAUUCUUUUAUAUUCUCUAUAGCAGCUUUUCUUACAUUUUUUUAAUUCCAAGAAGAAAAUGAUGUCCUCAUUUUGUAAGGAUAAAGAAAAGCAUAUGUACAAUUUUGUUUAAAUGUUGAUCUAUUUUUGAAUAACAAUGCAAUUUUUAAUGUUUUUCUGCGUCACUGAAAUAUUUUAGCCAAUCAUUAUGUGCAAUUGUUAACCUUUUUUUGAUGGCAAGAUGUUUUCCUUGUAUGGUAAAAAAAAAAAAAGUUACC